CCUUGAGAUGAGGCGGUUGCGGUGGUGUGGUAUAACAAAGGUGUAAUACAAAAGAUAUACAGCUGACACCUGCACCCACAAGAAGGCGCGGAAACUGUUGCUUAUGCUGCGGCGAUAUCUCCUGCUUACUGUUUGCGUAACCAACCCGGGUCCCUCCCAACGGAACUUUGUCCUUUAACGCCCCCAGGGCCCUGCGGGGAACCGUGGGCGCGCCUCACCCCAUAGCCUUGAAAGUAACCGCACAUUAGGAGAAACCCCGGCGCUGUUUUUCUUGCCCACGACUUGAACUUUCUCCUAGCUGAGGGGCGGGCGAGCGUACGACUAAUAUUUUUCCUGCCCGCGUUCGGUUCACUUCUCCGCAGGCUUCUUUCAGGAGAAAGGGGAGCGGCCGCGGCCAGCAGGAGCAGCUACGCAAACGGCAUAAGCAGGCCAGCCAUGGCCGCUUCUUUUGCCGAACCCCAGCAGGCUCUUUCUGUUUCCCAGCAGCUCCGCCUCAUGUUUUACACCCUCACUCCCAAAGAGAGCUCCUUCCGCACCGUCGAGGAGGUGCCCGAUUACGUGGACAAGGCAACUCCCUUGUUCAUUACCCUGAUUCUUCUAGAGAUUGUUGUUAAGUGGAUUCAGAAAGGAUCAUCAGCUCGGUUCAACGAUAGCAUAGCAUGUCUCUCCGCAGGUGUCCUGUCUCGACUGCCAGAUGUUUUGUCUAGAAGUGUUGAGCUGACAACAUAUAUCUACGUGUGGGAAAACUAUAGACUUUGUGAACUACCAUGGGACUCGCCAUGGACGUGGUAUAUGACAUUCCUUGGAGUAGAUUUUGGUUACUACUGGUUCCACCGCAUGGCCCAUGAGAUUAAUUUAUUGUGGGUAGGACACCAAGUUCAUCAUAGUUCUGAGGAUUAUAACUUAUUCACAGCAUUAAGGCAAUCUGUCUUGCAGAAGUACACGUCUUGGAUAUUCUACUUGCCCAUGGCUCUCUUUAUUCCGCCUUCAGUGUAUGCUGUUCAUCUCCAGUUUAAUCUCCUUUACCAGUUCUGGAUACACACAGAGGUUAUUAAAAAUCUUGGCCCUUUGGAGUUUCUUCUCAACACUCCUAGUCAUCACAGAGUACAUCAUGGUAGAAAUCGCUAUUGCAUUGAUAAAAACUAUGGUGGCACACUGAUCAUUUGGGACAGAAUGUUUGGGACAUUUGCUCCAGAAAAUGAUAAAGUUGUGUAUGGCCUAACACACCCAAUAAAUAGUUUUGAACUUUUCAAGAUUCAGUUUCAUCAUUCUAUUUAUAUAUGGAAAACAUGGUGGAAUACUCCUGGAUUCUGCAAUAAGCUUUCUGUCAUGUUCAAGGGGCCAGGAUGGGGGCCAGGCAAGCCAAGACUUGGCCUUCUUGAGGACAUCCCAGAAAUUACUGGAAAGGAAGUUCCCUUCAGCCCCAAAUUGCCAAACUACCUUUGUGUCUAUGCAGUUACUCAUUUCAUCUUAAUGCUGGGAUUUUAUAUUGAUUUGUUUGCUACCAAAUCCACAUUAUCACAGGUAACUAUUCUCAUGAGGAUCGGCUACAUUAUCCUGACACUAACCUCCAUUGGUUUCCUUAUGGAGCAAAGACCUGAAGCUCCUAUCUUGGAAAUAGCCCACUGCUCUGCUUUUCUUACUCUGCACAAACUUGGUUGCGUCAAAAGUUACGUUGCGCUUCUGUCAAUCACAUAUGAGGUGUUGUUUUCUCUCUGCAUUGCUUUUUGGGGAAUACAAAUUAUGAAGCAUCUUGUCUCAAGUGUGGCAAAGCACUGAAAAGAAAUCUGUCAAAAUCUCCAUGUUAAGAACAUACGAGCCCUGCUAGAUCGGACCAAAGGCCCAUCUGGUCCAGCAUCCCACUUUCUACAGUGACAAAUCAGAUGCCUAUCAGAAGCCCACAAGCAGGAUGGGAGCACAGCAAUGUUUUCCCACUCAUGUUCCCCAGCAACUAGAAUUCAGAGGCUGACUUCUGAUACACAACUAUCAUGACUAACUCUUGAUUGCUUUUUCAGUGCCAUGAAUUUGUAGCCAUGAAUUAGUCUAAUUCCCUUUGAAAGCUGUCCAAGUUAGUGGCCAUCACUACAUCAUGUGGUAGUGAACUCUAGUUUAACAAUGUGCUGUUUGAGGAAGUAGAUAAAAUUGUAUAUGCCUCUUAUCAUGUCCUCCCUUACCCUCCCUUUUUUCCUAAAGUAAAAAACCUUAUAUGCUGUAACCUUUCCUCAUCGGUAAAAUGCUCCAGGUUCUUGAUCAUUUUGAUUAUCCUUUUCUGCACCUUUUCCAGCUCUACAAUAUCCUUGUUGAAGUCUGGCAACAACCACUGUACACAGUAUUCCAAGAGUGGUCACAGUUCCUUUCCUGAUGAUCUCUGACAUGGAAUUUGCAUUUUUCACAGCUGCAGAACAGUGCGUCAACAUUUCCAUUGAGCUAUCCACAAACCCAAAAUCUCUUGUCAGUCACUGCUAGUUCAGACCUUGUCAGCAUAUAUGUGAAGUUAGGGGGGUUUUUUACCCCAGUGUGCAUCACUUUACUGUGGCUUACACUGAAUUGUAUUUGGCAUUUUAAUGCUGCUUCAUCCAGUUUGGAGAGAUUCUUUUGGAUGUCCUCACAAUACUUUUUUGUUCUUACCAACCUAAACAGUUUGGUGUCUUCAGCAAACUUGGCCACCACACUGCUCACCCCUAACUCAAGGUCAUUAUUAGAGAUAAAAAGCAUUACUGAGAUGUGGUAGACAUUUAUGGGAUUUUUUUAAUGUUCACCCACUCCAGUUUUAUUUUUUGAAAUAGUUAAGAUGCCUCAAGUUUAUGUUUAGUUUUUUAUUGUAUUCAGGGAGUUCCAAACCUUCUCAUACAUAAUGUAAAGGAAAUACUUUGCACCAGUUUCAUUCAUGUGCAACCAUACAUUUGAAAACCAUGCAAAGUUUUCAACUGUUGAUGAAACUCAUAAAUGGUCUAACUGGAAAUAGGCUAUCAGACUCUUUCUCUUCAGAUACAGAUACAGCUAGCGUAAUCAGUUAUAGGUGGGCAAAUUCCACUGAUUGAAGUUGCUCUUAUACAUUAAUAAACAGGAUUAGGAUCCACAACCAAAUUACAUUUUAAGUUGCAAUCUUACCUAUGACUAAGUCCCACCACUUCUGACUAGUCAGGCAUAGGGUCAGGACCAGCUUUAACAUUAGGCAGAGUGAGGCAGCUUUCUCAGGCAUCAGAUCUUGUGGACAGGCAGUGGCAAUGUGGUUUCAGAGAGGAACAAAGUUGUAUGUGCCGUAUGUGGUGUUCCCUACACACACUAAGCCUGCUGUCUUCAGGUGCAUUGGGGAAUGCUGUCCUUUUGCCAGUGUUGUAAUAAGAUUCCACUCUCAUCCUAGUUGUCUUCUGUACAUGAAAGAGGGAGAGUGCUGCCUUGUCCUUUGCCUCAGGAGGCAAAAUGUCUUAGGCCAGCCCUUCAUAGGAUUGCAUGGUUAAAUAAUUUUAUUUUUACCUGCCAUAGGGUUACCAUCAUUUUGUCAUUUCAAACAGAGUACAUUUGGCUUUGAUAAGUGAAAAGUAAGAGUAUGCUGUUGCACCAUCUCAAAAAGAGUACAUGUACUCUUAAAAGAGUACAGUUGGUAACCCUACCUGCCAACCAAAAAGAAAAGAAAAACAUACUCCAACAUCAACCUACCCAUACAUUGAGAUUCUCUUUGGAGACCCACAGUUCUAGCCCAAGACAUUUGCUGCCUGAAAGGGAGCUUAAACAACACCUGCCCCUCCAGUAGGGCUAACCCUUUAAACCAGGAGUAACCAAGGUGGUGCCAUCCAGAUGUAGUUGAAUUACAACUCCCAUUGUCCAUGACCAUCAGUCAUGCUGACUAAGGCUGAUGAGAGUUGUUGUCCAACAACAUCUGGACUACCCCUGCUUUAAACAGUCUUUUUGCACUAUUCAGACACCACCUCCUGCUUCUUCCUGCUAUGUAGCCCAGACCUAGAGGAAGCCCUCUGAGUGCCCCAGCUUAUUGAAGCCUCGCCUAGGGUCUAUGCUAAUUUCUUUUUGACCUCAGACAAAUGUUGUUUUGUUUUGUUUUGUUACAAAUUUCCCCAGUCCUUUUAAUAUCCGGUAUAAUCUAUCUGCUUUUUUUAUAUUGUUUGUUUUAUUGAUUUUUUAAACUGUGUAAAUUUAUACAUUAAACUUUAUGGAUUUGUGUAAAAUUGUAUGAAUUUAUAAAUAAAAUAAUUACUGAAUUAUGCUAGAACAUUAGAGAUUUUCCCUGUUAUUUAGCUGCUAUCAAAUGCUAUGUAAGACUGAAUAGUUGUAACUGGAAAAUGUAAAGUAACUCAGACAAAUAAGAUGGUUUUCUCCUCCCCCCCAAUAUAAAUAUGUGUGUUUUGCAAUGUAAAUUAGCAGCUAAGUAUAAGCUGGCAAAUAAACCAUU